AUGUCUCCAAUGGAAUCAAAAACUAUAACCGAUACGACCCUACCGAACCACCUUCAAGAGACCAAGAAAGGGCCAACAGAGUUCAAGAAGAACCAGAAACGGUACCAAGAUCUAAUCGCAACGUUACCUCACGCGAAAGGCUGGUUCGCAAAUGCUCCCUAUAUCGGCUACGGUGGUCACUGGACAGUACAGCCUCUCCUCGAAGGUUGGCUUUACACGCAAGAAUUCUUCCAAGCGCGACCCAUUGACUUCUUCGUUUGUAGCUAUCCAAAGUCAGGUACCACUUGGCUCAAAGCUUUAACUUUCACCAUCGCAAAUCGAUCUCCCUUUGACCAUUCUUCAAACCCUCUCAUAAAACGUAACCCUCACGAGCUUGUUCCUUUCAUUGAGACCGAUUUUCCUUUCUUCCCUCAAGAUGAUGUUCUCAAUGACAAAGGGAACACUCUGUUUGCAACUCAUCUCCCACAUGGAUUAUUACCGGAAUCGAUUUCGAAAUCGGGUUGUAAGAUGGUUUACAUCUUGAGAGACCCAAAGGACACUUUUGUCUCCAUGUGGAAUUUCAUUCAAAAGCAAAGGUCUAACCAUGGCUCUCUAAAUAACCUUGAGGAGAGUUUUGAUAUGUUUUGUCGAGGCUUCUCUUGGUACGGACCUUAUCUAGACCAUGUCAUGUCGUACUGGAAAGCUUACCAAGAGAAUCCAGAUCAGGUUUUGUUCCUCAAGUACGAGACGAUGAGAGCUGAUCCUUUGCCUUACGUGAAGAGAUUGGCUGAGUUUAUGGGUUUUGGUUUCACAGCCGAGGAAGAGGAGAAAGGGAUUGUUGAGAAAGUUGUGGAUCUUUGCAGUUUCGAGACGUUGAAGAAUCUCGAAGCCAACAAAGAAGAGAAACACAAAGAGCGUGUUCCUGGGAUUUUUAUUCCGAAUAGCGCCUUUUUUAGGAAGGGAAAGGUCGGAGAUUGGCAGAACUGUCUGGCUCCGGAGAUGGCAGCUCGAAUCGAUGGACUGAUGGAGGAAAAAUUCAAAGGAACCGGUUUGCUUGAACAUUGUAAAUGA